AUGAUUAAAAAUGAUGCUGGAACAUCGAAAUCGUUAUCCACUAUUAUCGAAGGUGAAUCGUUACUAAACGAUGGUUCUGCAAUUGUAGCGUACGACAUCUUAAGAGAAUUAGUGGUACCAGGAACUACUGUAACAGCUACGCAGAUUUUCUUGAAAUUUUGUCAGAUUGCUUUAGGUGGACCAGCGCUUGGUUUUAUAGUCGGAAAAUUAGCAGUGUUCUGCCUUUCGCAUAUAUUUAACGAUGCCGUUAUUGAAAUCACAGUAACGUUAAGUGCUGCAUAUUUGACAUACUACCUUGCAGAAGUUGUUUUACAUGUUUCUGGAUUGUUGGCAGUUGUCAUUUUGGGUGUUGUUAUAAGUGCUGAGAAAGCUAGCAUUAGUCCCGAAGUUGAAGGAUUUGUCCACAGAUUUUGGGAGAUGCUAUCUUACUUUGCAAACACGGUAAUUUUUAUAGUAGUGGGCCUAGUUAUAACAGAAAGAGCAGCAAGUCAUAUAGAAGAACAAGAUUGGUUUCAUAUUUUAGUGACAUAUGUUGGCGCUACAUUUUUCAGAUUAGUAAUGAUAGUGCUGUUUAGUCCUCUACUCUCUAGACUCGGUUACGGAUUAAAAUGGCAAGAAGUAAUAGUUAUGACUUGGGGAGGUCUUAGAGGAGCAGUUGGUCUAGCUCUAGCCCUAUUAGUGGCACAACAAGAAGGC